UGGUCACACAAAUAACUAGAGCCGGUAAGUGGAAGGUUUUGUCUACUUUAUGGUUUACACGAACCAUGCAUGGAGCCAGCCAAGAAAGAGAGGAAUGGAUCGGAUUACCAUAUUCCUCCUGGCAGCUACUCUCGCUACUGUGAGAUGCGGCUGCGAUGCUAAUUACACCAGAUACGAUUUCCCUCACGGCUUCGCUUUCGGAUCCGGCACUUCUGCUUAUCAGUGGGAAGGAGCUUUCGAUGAAGAUGGGAAAAAGCCUAGCGUCUGGGAUACUUAUGUUCACUCUCGUAACUUAGAUAAUGGAGACAUAGCUUGCGAUGGGUAUCACAAGUACAAGGAAGAUGUGCAGCUGAUGGUGGAAACUGGCUUAGAUGCAUUCAGAUUCUCCAUCUCUUGGUCUAGGCUUAUACCCAAUGGGAGAGGUCCUGUUAACUCAAAAGGUCUACAGUUCUACAGGAACUUCAUCCAUGAACUUGUAACCCACGAACACCCGUAUUCAUAUUUAUAUCCAAUUACUUAUUUCCGCGGGGCUAAGAGUUUGGUUCUGAACUUUUAUGUAGGUGAAUAUGAAGGAUGGCUUAAUCGCAGAAUUAUCAAAGACUUUACUGCGUAUGCAGAUGUUUGCUUCAGAGAGUUUGGAAACCAAGUAAAAUUCUGGACCACAAUCAACGAGGCUAAUAUAUUCACUAUUGGAGGUUACGAUGGUGGGGGUACACCACCUGGUCGUUGUUCUACCUGCUUUUCAGGCAACUCUUCCACUGAACCAUAUAUCGUAGCCCAUAAUUUGCUGCUUGCGCACGCCUCUACUUCAAGGCUAUACAAGCAAAAGUACAAGGAUACGCAAGGAGGUUCUGUAGGAUUCAGCAUAUUUGCAAUAGGAUUCAGACCUAGUACUAACUCCAAGGAUGAUGAAAUGGCAGUUCAAAGAUUCAAAGAUUUCUUCUUCGCCUGGAUGCUUGGGCCUCUUACAUAUGGAGACUAUCCGGAUGAAAUGAAAAGAACCAUUGGAACAAGACUGCCAGUUUUCACAAAGGAAGAAUCAGAACAAGUUAAAGGCUCAUCUGACUUUGUAGGAGUCAUUCACUAUCUUGCGGCUUCUGUCUCAGACGCCAAAUCAAAACCUUUUCUUCCAGGAGACUCGAGAUUCUUCGCAGACAUGGGCGUAUCAUUGACAUACGCUGGGAAUUUCACAGCCUUUGAGUAUGAAGUUGCUCCAUGGGCUAUGGAAGGUGUCCUGGAGUAUAUAAAGCAGAGCUAUGGCAAUCCCCCUGUCUACAUUCUUGAGAAUGGUAAACCGAUGAAGCAAGAUUUGCAGCUGCAGCAGGAGGACACACCAAGGGUUGAGUUCUUACAUGCUUACAUGGGUGCUGUCCUCAAAGCCGUUAGGAAUGGGUCAGACACAAGAGGCUACUUCGUAUGGUCAUUUAUGGACCUGUAUGAGUUACUGAGUGGAUACAAGUUCAGUUUUGGACUCUACUCUGUGAAUUUCAGUCAUCCUCAUCGCAAGAGAUCUCCAAAACUGUCUGCACAUUGGUACUCUGCUUUUCUCAAGGGCAAAACCACCUUUCUUGCUUCCCAAGACAUCAUGCAAUUGUGUCUUCUCCACCCACUUCCUAGUAGUUUCAUUUAGCUGUCCAGUUUUUAUUAUUGAAUAAAAGAUUUAAGUUAGCUUGGGGUGAUUUGAGUAUAA